CAAAAAAUGAGAACGGUUAUCAGGCUGUGUGUCCGGGUUAAUUCCUUAAUUUCGACGUUUGUACAUGUGUCUGUCGUAUAACAAACUGCACAUUAUUUAUUCUUCACGUGAGGAUAAACUCGUCUCAGUUAAACUGGAAGUUCUCAGGCUAGUUUAGCUUGCUGUCUGCUAACAAAGAGACGCGGAAGUGAUCAACACACCGCUAAGCAGGGCUCAAGUGUGAGUGUGAAGUGUUGUAUGAAAAUGUGUAAAGUACAAAUGCUGAGAGUGUUUGUGAAUCAGCGACUAACUGCGGCUGUUGAAGAAAUAUUUGUAGUGUUGGAAAGAACGAUAGCAGAGUACGAGGAGGAACUUUCUCGAACAAAAGAGGAGAACGAGAGACAACGUCAAGUACUGGACACUAUUUUCAAGAAGCCUCAAGAUGAACUACACAGGGCAGACAUCAGGAUGGAAGAUCUUUUCCCUGAACAACAGGAGUGGUGCUCCAGGGUGGAACAGGAGGAGCCACAGCCCCGUCAGAUUGAAGAGGAACAGGAGGAGCCACAGCCCCGCCACAUUAAAGAGGAAGAGGAGGAUCACCGCAUCAGUCAAAAGCAAGCGCAUCUUGAAGGACUGGAGGAGUUCCCAGUGUUUGGUGUCCCUGUGAAGAGUGAAGAUGAUGAAGACAAAGGUGAAAACGAGGAGAAGAGAGAGGUGGAGCCUCCAAGCAGCAGCUCAACUCAACACAUGACAACAGAAGCUGAUGGAGACCACUGUGGAGGAUCACAAGCAGACAACCUCUUAGCUCCACUAUCAGAUAGUGACGACACAACGUUCCACUUUCCUGACACUGAUGAGGAAGACGCUAAAGCUGAUAUGACAUGUCACAAUUACAACAUCCACUUUAAAUGCUCUCACUGUGACAAAACCUUUAAUAACCGCAGGAAUCUGACAAGACACAUGAGAUGUCACACUGACAAAACACGCUUUAAAUGCUCUCACUGUGGCAAAGCUUUUCAUCGCUCCUGUCAUCUCAAAAGACACAUGAAAAUACACACAGGAGAAAAACCAUUCAUGUGCUCAUUUUGUGGUAAAAGGUACUCUCGGAAGGACUAUUUGACAGCACACAUAAGAAUACACGCUGUUCAGUGGGUGGUGUAGGUGUUGUGCAAAAACAAACUUUGAUAACGGCUCAAGACUAGAGGCCUUCCACCUCCAAAACAAAUCUCAUUCCCAUGUCUAGGGAUGCUGCUAAAAUUUAUACACAUCCUUUCACCUCCUUUACCCUGAUAAAGUUUGCUCAACUAUGCCUCUCUUGCUUGUAUCACACUGCUAUGAAUUUGUGCUAACCGUCUCCUUCUGCAGAAUAAAUUCCACAAGACAAUUGUCGUUAAAUAUUUUGAUUUCUUCUCUCCACCGGUGCUGAGUGAAAUAUUUGAAUAACAAUUUGGUGUCAGAAGUGGGAUCACUGUGUGUGACUGUCCUGUCCAGUCACAUCUGAGAGCUUCAUCACGAAACUUGGUCAGAUCUUUGUGAGUAAAAACAUAGCAAAAUUGUGAAUUGCUCUGCAUUAUAUUUGCAUAUAUAGUGAUACAUUUUAUUAUUCAUGUAUUCUAAUUAAGUUAUUCUCCUGGUGAAACUUGCUGACAAAGUGUAAUGUUCAAUUCGUCCAGCAGAGAUCCACAGACUUACAGUAUAUAUGACAAUUAUGCAAUGAAUGUUGUUUAUUUCUGCAUGCGAAGAACAUCUGUUUAUUGUGCUCAUGUGUUGAUAAGGUCAAAGCACUGAACCCUUCAUUAUACUUCUCUAAAUCCCACAAAGGAUGUUAUACUUAGUUUAUACGUUGUGUAUGUUUGUAUUUGCAGUCUUACAGACUAAAAAGGGAGGAAAAAGUGUAAAGAAAUAAAACUGAGGACAGAAAAGGAUCCAAAAGAAUGAACAUCAGUCUUCAACAAAACUUCUGGAGCUGCCCUUCCUUCCUUCAUGCUGUCAACCGUCUAGCUCAGGGGGUCGGCAAC